AUGUUGGACGUCUUGAAAUCUUUGCGGGGUCUACUCAAAGUGCAGACAAUUAACAUCGAUAAUAAUGUCUCCUGCUUGCACUACAAAUUCACUUCGCUUGUUCUGCUGUUAUGUAUGCUGAUCACGUCCAGGCAGUUCUUCAGAGAAUCCAUGGAGUGCUACUUCCCGGACUUGCCUGCCGUCUCUCUCGACACCUACUGCUUCGUCCACUCAACAUUUUUAGUCAAAGAUUCAGCAUCUGCUAAUGCGGCGCGCAAGAGUUUGCCAUAUCCUGGAAGGUCUCAACACACGGAGGAGGACAAGCUGAGGUUCUACGACUACUACCAGUGGGGCUUCAUCAUAUUGUUCCUACAAGCGAUAUGCUUCAACUUGCCGCAUGUGGAAAGUGUGGGAAGGUGGAAGAAUGAAGAUGUUGGCGGUGAACCUCACUACUCCGGUUCUAAGCGAAGAAUGCAUCAAAAAGAGCACGGACUUAUUGAUCGAAUAUUGGGAUAA